GUAUUAUGAAGGGACUUUGUACCUUAAGCAACUAUUUUACAUUUUCUUCUGUAAAGGAUACUCGCUUAUUGAUACUGAAUUUUGUUCCUAAUUGUUAUUUGUGCUGUUAAAAAUGGUGUACUCUUAGAACAAGGUCAAAGUGGCCAAGUACUAUAUGUGACAAAGAAAAACAAGUGCAGGAAGAUCUUUGUCUUUUAUGCUUAUUUUGAUGAAUAUUGAGGAAUAAUGGUCCCAGAUCUGGCUUGACUGAAAAUGGAAUUUUAUUGACCAACUAUAUGUCCUUCUCAGACCAGUGAUAAUCAAAGCUUGUUUGAAAGGGAACCUCCUCUACAAAAUUGAACUGCGGAAGGCAUCCUGUGCACUUCUCUGCAAAACAGAUAAUUCCCGGGAGCUUCUUUUCUGUGCAGUAGAAGUUUGAUGAUUUGACUUUGUACCUUGCAUAUGCCAGCUUUUUUAGCUCUUAGCAGUAAGGAAUCUGAAGAAAAAAAUGGAACAAAACUGAACCCCACACCAUUAUAUAAUGUGUAUAAAAGACCCUAUAUGAUUUUUUUAAAUAUAUACAGUAAAAAGAUUAGCCUUCCUUCUGUCUCCGUGGGAUGUUUUUUCUUUCCAUAUUUGUUUAAGGAAAUUUGCUUAGUGCCAGCAAGUAACAGUGCUACCAGACAGAUGGAUUGAUGGGUAUAAGAGAAAUGAAGUUCAGUUUUUCAGUUAUAUACCUACUUCUCCAUCAGAAACAUACAUUAUCUCUUAAAACUGGAAAAAUCAUGUUCUGAGCCUCACUUGGGCUUACAGAAGGAAUAAUUUUUUGUUUUUUUCUUUACCAAUUGACUGAUUCUGUUGUUUGUUGCAAGUGGUUUUGUUGUUUAAAAUGGAUUUUUUUCAUGCAGUGUUCUCCCUGGCACAGGUUCAGUCACUUCUCUGCCAGCUCUUGAAACUGUAGAGCCAGCAGUGGAAUAUGCGGGCGACUUUACUAAAAAGCUGGUCUGUAUGCUUCAGAACUUGCUUGUACUAGAGAAGAGAAUUACCUAUGCUUCAAAAUGAAAGUGAGGAAGAAGAAUCCCCAAAAGUAUUAAUUUGAACAAUAAUUAUUGCUUUUACUAAUUUCACUGACUGCUGGAAUAGUGGGAUUACAUUUUAACCUCCAACCUCCAUGAUGCAGUUGUGUUUACGUCCUGCUGUCAGAGAGAGGAACUGUUGGAAGAAUACCAUCUGUUCCUGAUGACUCGUUAUAUGAAUUUUGUGGAUUUUUGAUUGUCUGAUCUACUAACACUGUUGUUUGAGACAGACCAACGCUGCCUCUGGUAAAGAAGAUACCUGAUUUAAUAUAAAUGAAGAAUGAUGCAAUACUAAUGCUUUCUAUGUACAGCCUUGUAAGAAUCUUCUUUAAGGACUUGCAGUAAGAUAAACACUGAGAAUAAUUUUUCUCUGGUACAAUGUGUUGAAGCAGAGGAACUGGCAUUAUCCACCUUUGUAAAAGCUAAGAACUUAAAAUGUUUGCUAUUUUGUGAGCGGAGCAGUUCUGGAGUGAAUUGAACUUCUGAAAAUGCGGCCAUGGACUGGUUCCUGGCGUUGGAUUAUGCUCAUCCUCUUUGCUUGGGGAACUUUACUCUUUUAUAUUGGUGGACACCUGGUACGAGACAGCGAGCACCCAGAUCAUUCCAGUCGUGAAUUAUCCAAGAUCCUUGCUAAACUUGAACGGUUAAAGCAGCAAAAUGAAGACUUAAGGCGCAUGGCAGAAUCUCUCAGGAUACCAGAUGGUCCCAUUGAUCAGGGACCAGCUGCAGGAAAGGUACAUGCUUUAGAGGAGCAACUCCUAAAGGCCAAAGAACAGAUAGAAAACUAUAAGAAGCGGGCAGGAGAUGGAGGCCUUGGAAAAGACCAUGAAAUACUGAGGAGGAGGAUUGAGAAUGGGGCUAAGGAACUUUGGUUUUUCCUCCAGAGUGAACUGAAGAAGUUGAAAAAUCUAGAAGGAAGUGAACUGCAAACACGCAUUGAUGAAUUUCUGUCUGAUUUAGGUCAUCAGGAAAGGUCAAUAAUGACCGACUUGUACUACCUCAGUCAAACAGAUGGAGCUGGAGAUUGGCGAGAAAAAGAGGCCAAAGACCUAACAGAUUUGGUACAGAGGAGAAUAACUUAUUUACAGAACCCGAAGGAUUGCAGCAAAGCUAAGAAACUUGUGUGUAAUAUCAACAAAGGUUGUGGCUAUGGCUGCCAGCUGCACCAUGUGGUCUAUUGCUUCAUGAUCGCGUACGGCACCCAGCGCACGCUCAUCCUGGAGUCGCAGAACUGGCGCUACGCGACCGGCGGCUGGGAGACCGUGUUCCGGCCCGUCAGCGAGACCUGCACUGACAGAGCAGGCUCCACCACUGGCCACUGGUCAGGUGAGGCUAAUGAUAAGGAUGUUCAGGUGGUGGAACUUCCCAUUGUUGACAGCUUACACCCACGACCACCUUAUUUGCCCUUGGCUGUCCCUGAAGACUUGGCUGAUAGACUAAUUCGUGUACAUGGGGAUCCUGCAGUGUGGUGGGUCUCACAGUUUGUGAAAUACUUGAUUCGUCCACAGCCUUGGCUAGAAAAAGAAAUAGAAGAAGCCACAAGGAAACUUGGCUUCAAACAUCCAGUGAUCGGUGUUCACGUCCGAAGGACAGACAAAGUAGGGACAGAGGCAGCAUUUCACCCCAUCGAAGAGUACAUGGUACACGUGGAAGAGCGGUUUGAACUUCUUGCUCGCAGGAUGCAUGUUGAUAAAAAAAGAGUGUAUUUGGCUACAGAUGACCCUUCAUUGUUGCAAGAGGCAAAGUCCAAGUAUCCAAAUUAUGAAUUUAUCAGUGAUAACUCCAUAUCCUGGUCAGCAGGACUGCAUAACCGAUACACCGAAAACUCCCUAAGAGGUGUCAUUCUGGAUAUUCACUUCUUGUCUCAGGCAGACUUCCUGGUCUGCACAUUUUCAUCCCAGGUUUGUCGAGUUGCCUAUGAAAUUAUGCAGACGUUGCAUCCAGAUGCUUCAGCGUAUUUCCAUUCUUUGGAUGAUAUCUACUACUUUGGGGGACAGAAUGCUCACAACCAGAUUGCUAUUUAUGCUCAUCAUCCACGAACUGCUGAUGAAAUUCCUAUGGAACCUGGAGAUAUAAUUGGAGUAGCUGGAAACCACUGGGAUGGUUAUUCAAAAGGCAUCAAUAGGAAAUUAGGAAGAACAGGCCUGUACCCAUCCUAUAAAGUUAAGGAGAAAAUUGAGACAGUCAAGUAUCCUACAUACCCAGAGGCUGACAAGUAGAUUAAAAAGAAGACAUACAGCAAUUAUUAUAAAAAAGACUCAAUUUUGAUUGGUUCAAACCAGUCAACAACACACUAACUAUUGAUUUCUAUGGGAUUUGAAUUUGCAUUUUAUCAUGCAGUUAAAAUCAAAGCCUUUGCAAUGAAACUGGAUCAGAAGUUGAGAACAAGUGGAUGGGCUAUUACCUGAACUUACUCUUAAACAUUUUUGUUAUAUGCACUCUCACACAUGCACACACAAACCCACGUACAACAGGAAAACUGUUGUUUUAUACUUCUUGUCUCUUUCCAGGAGUUGUCCCAGUCAUUAGUCUUACGUGAGCUUCGGGCUCUUUUCUCCGCCAUUAAUUGACAAUAAUGUUCAGACUUAUAACACUGCCACAUUGUGUAAUUUGAGUGACAUGAACAUAUUUUGUAUGUGCAAAAUUUGAAACAUGGUGCCUAUAUUUGAAAAGUUUGUGACCUUUUUAGAAGAGCCAUGCCUAUUUCACUAUGGGCAAGAGUCAACUUUCAUCUGGUGUUACCGUGACCACUGAACUUGCUUCAAACAACAGAAUCAGAUUUCAGACUAGAUUUCUUUACAAGUUUGGGGUUUUUUUAGCAUUCCAUUGAUUACUUCUCAUCAUUAAUAAAAUAAAGGUUACAUUCAACAAUAAAGUCUCUUAGGAACUUUUGUAAACAAUGCCAUGAACAGAUUCUUUAGUACUGGUAAUUUCUGGACAUUGCCUUUGAUUGAAAAAAACCAACAACACAAAAUCCGCAAACUAAGGAAAAAAGUAGCCAGAGUUUCAUUGAAUUUUAGACACUUGUGUAGUUCAACAGUUGUAUAGGGCACAGUGCUGCUCAGCUUUGUGGACAGUAGGUAACAGCAGAAUUACUUCAGUGGCUAAAUUGCUUACAUUUACCCUCUAACACUAUUUUCUUACCCUUUCUCUUCUGAAAAUAAUUCGGGCUUUAGGGUAUUAUGGAUGGCCACUUAGCAUUCUGGCAUUGAAUGUAAUUACUUUUAAGUAAAAUACUGCAGGUUAUCCUGUUUAUAGAACUUGUCGGUCUGGACUACUUUAAAAAAAAAAAUCUAACAGCUUACUCAAAAAUAGUAGGUUUCAAGAAAAUAUACAAGGAUGAAUUUUUAUGCAUGUCAUAAGAUUGUUAUUAAUUCUUAGUGUUUUGAAGUCUGUUGCUAGUCAGCUCUCUAUUAAGAAAAGAGGUAAUUUACAAAAUAAUUUUACAAACAAAUUCAUAGAUUUCAUGGUUGUGUAUAUAUAUAUAAUAUGUAAGAUAGCAAGAAAUUGUUUCCAAAUAAAAAGAAUAUAUUAAUAGUAUUUUAUUGGUUCUAGUGGAAUCCGGUUUGGAUCACUGGCAGUGCUGAAAAUGUUUGCUAUUCAGAGACUGAGAAAAUGCCAUGUGAGUAAAGGUUAAAACAGCAUGGCUAGUUGACCUUAGCAAAGCAAAAGUAUACUUAAUUAUGUUUAUGAAUAGACCAAGGACAUUGUUAACAUAAUGAAUGGAUGCACUUGACCAUGAAUACAUUUUAGACUGAAAACUAGACGGAAGUCUCUGGCAAUGUGCAGUUCAGCAGCAGGCUUCCAAUUGAAAUGGUGGUGAGAUGGAACUGGAUUGUUGUGUGAAGGAAUUACGAAGUAGUACUUGCUGACAUUACUUACAGGACUGAUCCUGUAGAUCCCCUCCAGUAAGGUGUUCCUCAACUGAAAAAUUAUUUUGUGUCUUGAAAAAGAAUAACAAAAUCAAAGUUGAAAAACUUUGGGGAAAAAAGAUACAUUGAUCAUAGUGUUAAAUAGACAUAUCAGUAAAAAUGAGCAUAGAUACCAAAUGAGAUUUAAAGACUGAUUGAAGGAUAAUGGAAAAUUAGAAAGACUGUCCAGGAAGUGCUAAAGGUGACAAGGUCACCUUUAAAAAAAGGUAAUUUUUGCAACAAAAGGUAUCUAGAAUCAACUGGUGUUUCUAUGUCUUGAAGCUGCUAAGGAAGCAGCUUUAUGACAGUAGUUUCCUGUUCAAGUGAUGCUGGUAAAUUUUCCACUAGUUCAGGCAAAUAUGGUAUUUCAGAGGUACAAAUGUAGGCUAAAUUAUAACUUUUUUUUUCUUUUUACUUUAUUUUCAAUUGUACAUAUAAAACUACUACUACUUUCCUUUUCGACUUGAAAAAAGAUCUAAACCCACGAGCAUUUCUUCCUCAAUAAUUAAGUCAAUGCAUUUUAUUUUUGGGAAAAACUAGUUUAAUUGUUUCUCCACAAAUACUACAUUAACUUAAUUGAUAUUUAGAGAUUUUGAAAAUGUUUUAAUUUUUAAGCUAUUUACGUAGAGCUUCAGAGCCCAUCAUUUUUAGUUCAUUUCUGAGAGUGUGAUUCAGAAAUAGUAUUCAUAAAUAAAUUAACAUGAAAAUUUUGCCAUAAUCAGGUAACUCAGUUGAAAAUACAACAAAAGAAGAUAGAAUAUCUGAGAUGAGCCCAAAGGCAAGAGCAGAUCUUCUGGUGUGGUAAUGAGAGAACUGAAAACACUGAUGUUGUAGAAGAUGUACCUAUUUAGUGUGGCAAUUCUUCAGCAGACUGUAGCUGACAAAAUAUUGGCAAGGUACACAUGCCUCCUUACAUAUUCUGAGUACCUAAUGAAUAAUUAGGUCAUCGUCUUUGAGAAAACGAUCAUGAAAUGAUACAGAAUUAUAGCAUUACUGUUAAUAAUUCAGAAAUGUACUAAUGCAGAUGCUGUGAUCUUAUUCCCCAGGGUUAUAUGAUCCUCUAGUGCUGAAAAUUCAGUAUUUCUCAGAGGAAGAAAUCUAGCAAUACCCUGCUUGCUAGAUGCAUGUUUCUAGAGAUUUGUUUCCUUUAAGACUACCAAUUAGUUAUAUCUUGGAAUCCUGAGACAUUGGUACAUUAAAACUGAUUUUGUUUUAUAUUAACAAAAUAAAUAUUUGAGACUUUAUUCUCGGUGUACAGUGGCGAAGGACCCAUGGGUACAUGGAAAAGAGACCCCCAGAUUUUGGUAGUGGCUCACAGAAAAGUGAAAUAAUAGGAAAUAAAAAUUUUGUCUCAAAUACUUGGGAGAAAGCUGAAUCUUUUGAAGGCUGUGAACUCAUUAAGGUACUAGCCAGAAAGCUUGCGAGGAAGCAAGCAUACAUUGUGUUUGUUCUGUUUACCUUGUAGCCCUGCAACAAUCUAGUCUUGUAACUUUUGCCUCAUACCAAACCAUCUUCUCUGACAUCCAUAAAACAACAAGCUUUCAUACUGCCUUAAACAAUUGCUGUUUAAUUAAAAUUUUCCUUUCUAAGAAACAUUGGUGUGAAUGUGUGCAUAUGCAUGUUGCAUACAUAAAACCCAAUAUGAACAGCGCUCUUUUGUUCUUUGCUGUUUUACAUUAUCACUGUCGCAUUCUCUGGAAAAACUGACUUGCCAGGUAAAUGUAGUGUCUGGAAGCUUCAUAUUCUACAUGCUGCUUGGAAGCUAAGAAAUUUAUUCUGAGUGGUUCAGUUAACUGGUCUUCUGUGACAUCGAUGUGCCACUGACCUGAGUUCUGUCCUUGAUUUUCAGCUCAGCCCAUGGUCAAAUGUGUGGGAUUUACAAGCUGUCUCUUCCAACAUCCUGCCCAUGUGAACUGCUGAGUAUUAUGGAUUUGUUCAUGAAGGAUGAUGUUUUAUUUCAAAGUUUUGACAUAUUUUUAAAUGCUUACCUUCAGAUAAGUCUUUUGUUUACCCCUUCUAUCACUGAAUUUUAAGAAAACCUUAAGGAAAACAGGAAGAUUUUUCACCUUUACCAAUUUUCAGAAAGGAGAACUGAUGAUACCUUUUUUACAGAGAGAUAUUCACAAUGUAAAUGUUUCCUUCAUAAUGGGUUUUAUGUUUCUUUGGUAUGCAAUUAUAAAAUAAGGCUCUUCUGAGGUAGGAACAUUAUAGAAAAUAAGUGGAAAAUUUUCAUGACAAAUUCUAGUUAGGGGGAGGGAGAUUUUUCUUCAUUCCGGUCGAGUAGUACCUACCGUUUGGAACCUUUUCAUAACAGUGAAUUGAACUUGGUUUUUCCAGGUCAUUAGUUUCUUCACAAUGUAAUUUCUGAUGUGACUGAGGAACCAGAUAAAAAUAAUUAGCUUAAUUUGGGAAAUGGGAAGGAGAGAGAGUCUAGUAACACAUGAUAUUGUGCUUUUAAUUUGAGUUGCUAUAUCAUCUUGUAAAGCCACAAAUAAAUAUUUCAGUACUGGGUUAAGGACCUCUGCCAGUGAAAUCAUACUGCUAUUGUGAGAAAUACAUAGAAUUUGCAACCCUCCUUUUUAAUUUUUGCCUAAUACCAGUCGCAGUCAUGUAUAAACAUGGUCAUAUUCUGAUUGUUGGGUUUUUUUAUAUUACAGUUUCAUUCCAAUUUUGGUGGCCUGGGAGCAGGUUGUCAAGGGGUUCAAAAGAUUGUGUGGUUUUCUUAUUGUAUAGAAUUAAAAUUGUAUUUAAAGCUCACUUAAAUUCUAAUUCCCUUAGGUGCCCCUAGAAUUGUAAUUGUAGUCUCCAGACUUUGGUCGAGGUCCUCUCUAUGUACCUGUAAGCUUACGUGGAGCAAGACUGAAGCAAAGAAAGUUAUUUAUAAAUAUGAACUGCUUACAGGUUGUGUUUGACUUCAUAGUAUCCUGUUCAUUUCUAAAAAGCAUGAAACAUGGCACUGCAUGAUACAAAUAAGAGGACAGUAUAAAAUUCUCAAGUCUGCAGAAAAGAAUUGCUUCUCUGUUUGCCUGCAUCGCUGGUUGCAUUCGCUGUGUACAAGAUUAUUGAGGAAGUACGUAAGGCAGAGGUCUUUCAGCAUUACUACAGAAUCCUGUGCACUGAUGUUUGCUGGUCUUUAGCCCUCUCAGUACUGUGCACAGACAAUGGUGGUGAUGUUUGCUGUUCAGUGGAAUCCCUUUAUUUUUUAUGCUUGUUUCCUUUGACUCAGCUUGUCGGCGGAAUCCUAUUGCCACUGCAGUUCAAACAAGUUUGGAUUAAUGUAAAGGCCUGUCAGUUGUUUGCACAGAAAUGUCUUUGCCAUUGCUCAGAAUUAAGGUCACACUUGGGCUGACUCCUCGGGAGGUGCUCUUGAGGGAAGGAGCUGUCUCCAGUGCACUGUACUGUACAUGUUCUAUAACUGCUGGCAGUACGUGUACUGGUUUUACUUUCAGUUUUGCAUGAUUUUUCCACUUUAUCCAGACUCAACGUUUUCUUUUCAUUUUAGUAUAUUUGUGAAGGGUUUUCUAGAGGAUGGUGAGUUGAAGUCCCAAAUGCCCUACAUUUUCUUUAAGAAGUGUAACAGACCCCAUCCCAUUUCCUCUUAACUGUCUUAAAGAUAUCCUUAAGUUGCACCAUUUUAAUAGAAGCAGCUAGGUUGAUGUUUCCUGAAGACUGUGCAUUUUUUUGCCCUUCCAUUAGCCCUGCCACCUACUUGAAUCUGAUCCUGAUCUAGUGGUUGUAUGAACCUUCUUCAAACCUUUCUGCUUCACAUAUUUUGAGUUCCUUACCCAGUUGUCAUUACUUGACCAGGAUUCCAAGGGACUAUUCUGUAUUUGGUUUUUCAUAAUAACAUGUGAAAUUAUAUUUCUGGCAGAUUUGUGGUUUUGUUUUUAUUUUUUUAAAAUGUGUUUUUAUGUCAUCCCUCAUUAGUAUAGUCAAAGAUCCAAAGGGGAAACAACUAUAAUCUGAUGCACCUGAUAAGUGUUUAGGAGGCUUACAAGGCAUAGAAAUUCCUUUAAUAGUAAGGUUUACAGCUCAUACCAUGACAAGUAUCUUGACCAGAUGAAAGAUGUAUUUUCAUAGCAUUCCCUAUCCAUUUUUGGCUAGUGCUUAUUAUACACUAAUGCCUGCAGCUUAAUUUGCAAGAGACACAAUGUGGAUGCAGUCUUUUUACAGGACCAUGCAGCUUAAUUUGCUACUCCUCGGCCUUGGAUUCCUUUAUUUUAACUUAGUGUUCCUCUCUGGCAAAUUUGUGGGUUUUUUGGUGUAAUACAGCUGCACUGUUCUCAGUUAAUUAGUCCACUCCAAGCAGAGCCAUGAGGAUAUUGCAGCUCAGCUGUGAGAAGCCACUAAAUGUAGAGAUUGCUGUCCAAUUUGGCUGUCUACAGAAGAUCCAUCUUUUUAAGAAGCCUAGUACAUUUGCUGAUACCUCUCCAAAUAGUAGCAAACUGGAAGAAUGGAAGGAAACCAAAAACCAGGACAUCCUACUUGCUUCUUUGGGAAUGAGAAGGAAUUGGGCCUGUGUUAUGUUGGUGGGAGUAGUUCUCUUUAGUACUUCAGCUUAUUGCUGGAGAAUGACCUGUGAUGAUGAGUUUAUAAUUCUAAAUCUCUGGUCAGUUUGUAACAUCUAUAAGAUUUUGUUUUCACUUGAGAAUAAAAUUGUUAUACACAAUAAGUUCAGACUUGUGGAAUUAAACUGACAGUUUCUUUCUUGCCUCA